AUGAAUAUACCAUAUAGCAUUGGCGAUAACACUAGCACGGGUAGUGACAAUUCACCAUCGUCAGCAAGCAGCUCGACAUCCACUACAACGACAGCUGCAGCCGCUGCUCCUACAGAGUACCAUAACUUGGAUUGCUCCUGGACCAUCUGGGUCAUCGAUCCAACAAGAAAAAUAACACAAACUACCGUCAACCAAACUACAUCACAUGAUGAUUAUCUAUCUUCACUUGAUAACGUUGGUUCAUUUUCAACUGCAGGGAUUAGUCCAACUUGGGAGGACCCAAUCAAUGUCAAUGGUGGCAAGUGGGUGUUGACCUUUCAAAACAAUCCGGCCAAAGGCAUCUUCUUUGACAUUGAUUUGAUUUGGGAGAAUUUGGUAUUGGGUAUUGUUGGAGAGACGAUCGACACGGAGCGUGACAUUUGUGGUAUUGUUUUGAUCAAGCGUGGCAACAUUGAAAGAAUAGCGAUAUGGAAUAGAGAUGCCUCGACCCCAGAAAGCAUCGAAUCACUCAAAAUCAAUAUAUUAAAUGCCCUUCCUCCAAACGUCGCCUCGAUGAGGUUAAAUAUGAAAUAUCAAGCACACAACCUCAACAAUUCAAAUUCAUCCACAUCAACCAUCCCCAAUUCCUCCUCAAACUCUAAUUUAUCUUCUUAUUUAAAUUCAAGCAACAGUAGUAUAAACAACAACAACAACAGCAACACGUCGACAACAAAUCAACAACAACAAGAAAAUACUUAUAAUAUUAAUAAUAAUCAUCACAAUAAUAAUAAUAAUAUAAAUACUAACCAAUCAUAA